AUGAAUUUCAGCAUCGUCGCAGCCAUGCUCAUGAUCUCGGUCUCAAUCAAUCAAGCUUCUGGUGCCAUAAUCAAUCUCAAGGACGAAAAGGAAAUCGUGUCGGCUCAACAAGCGGUGACCAAACACAUUGAUGGCACCAUAGACGAGGGUCCAGAGGUCACGUGUGUCUGGUGUCAGGAUACAAAGGGCGUAUGCUGGUGCGGACCCCCCCUGAAGCCACCCAAAUCAACUUGA